AUGUCGGCCGGAUCUCGUGGCCCACUUUCCCUGCUCAUUGCCCGUGAACGUGAUGCCAAUGGUGUGAAUGGCGAUGUGAAUGCAACGGCUGGACGCCUGCGUGACCGAUACGAUGGGAAGGGUGCCUCCGCCAGUGAGCGACGGCAGGAUGCGACAUCGCUGACCAACGAGUACUACGAUAUCGUUACAGAUUUCUAUGAAUACGGUUGGGGGCAAAACUUCCACUUUGCUCCUCGGUACAUGAAUGAGACGUUCUACGAAUCACUCGCACGGUAUGAGUACUUUCUUGCGUACCAUGCUCAGUUCAAACCGACGGACACUGUGCUAGACGUUGGCUGCGGGAUUGGUGGGCCAGCACGAAACAUGGUACGGUUCACAUCGUGCAACGUGAUGGGUGUAAAUAAUAAUGAGUAUCAAAUAAAUCGCGCGCGGCAGCACGAUUCCCGCUACGGGAUGAGCGGUAAAAUUAACUACACUAAGACCGACUUCUGUAACAUGUGCUUUGGCGACAACGAGUUCGACGGAGCAUACGCCAUCGAGGCGACAUGCCACUCAGAGAGUAAGGUAAAGUGCUAUAGUGAAGUGUUUCGCGCUAUCAAACCUGGUGCCUACUUUAUGCUGUACGAGUGGUGUUUGACGGACCUGUAUGACCCGGCAAAUGAGGAACACCAGCGUGUCCGGCAUGGUAUCGAACUUGGCGACGGUCUUCCUGAACUCGACACGAUGCGGCAGGUUGUCGCAGCGGUAAAGGCCGCCGGUUUCGUUGUGGAAGAGAGCUUUGACAUGGCGGAACGAUUCGAAAGUGGCGAGCCGAAGAGCGUCCCGUGGUAUGAGCCACUGCAGGGGAGUUACACGUCGCUGAGUGGACUUCGGGCGACCCCUGCAGGGCGCUGGUUGACGAGUGUAACAUGUCGUUUGCUCGAGGCUGUGCGCCUCGCACCGGCAGGUACAUGUAAGGCGACAGAGAUCCUCGAAGAAGGAGCGGUGAACCUUGUCAAGGGGGGCGAACUUGGGAUAUUCACGCCAUCCUUCUUUGUGAAGGCGCGUAAACCGCGUCUUGGGGAAGAGCUGUCGUGCUAA